AUGGGAUCGGACCGUCGUCUUCUAUGUCCCUUCUGCCAAAGGCGAUUCAAACUUCACAGGCAUUUCCGUUACCACCUGACGCAUGUCUGUUGGCGACAUUGCGCUGAUGACGACUGGCUCAAGGUCUUUCGAUCGUCCAUCAAGACACCGUACUCGGAUGCGGCUGAGCGAGCACUUCGGCAGGUGGCACUGAAGCAUGAAAAAGAAUUGCGCGAGACUGGAUCAUUCCCUCAAAGUGUCGACUUGUCCAAACCGAUGCCAUGGCAGAGCGUUCCCAUGAACGCAGAAUACGAUGAUCUCGAGCUGUCUGCUGGAUCAACGGAUGACGAAUACCCAGAAUCCUCACAACAGAAUGCUGAAAGAGCUCGACGAUGUUUGUACUGCGGCCUCACUAUACCUUCCCAACUUGCAUACCGCGAGCACUUGAACGAAGUCGAGUAUGAGUACUAUGAACAAGCGGACUGGCGCAAAGAGAUCUUUUCGACAUUUCCAAACAAGAUGUCAAGCGGUGCGCCUGUGAGCUACAUCUCUUUUGUCCGGACCAUCAAGAAACGUCUUGGCAAGCAUAUUGAGCCUUGGCGGUGUUCGAAAAAUGUCGCUAACGUCGUCCGCAUGAAGGCAGAUGGGAUAUACGCCAAAUCUCUUUUGGACAAUGUCCUCUCAGAGACAAUCUUAGCAUGGAUUGCUUGGUGGAUUGCAUUGGAGAAUGUGCAGAACGUGCAAGUGACGGCUGAGCUUGUCCUUCUCAACGACCUCGAGUCCCUUGCUGUGCAGAUCCGCUCACGCCUGUCUAUCUUUCACGACGAGGGCGCCCUUCCUGAAGGACAUCUUGAACAGAUUCGCCUGACGUUUGAGCAGGAUGAUCGAUUUUGCGAGGCGUAUGAAAAAAUGGAAACGGCAGUACAAGAAGGCAGGCUUCGUCAGUACAUUGACGAUCAAUUUGAGUGCUGGCACGAAUUGGUCAUGGCAUGGAUUCUCAAUGUCGAAAAGGCCUGGUCCUACAUCAACAAGGAAGUCCUGGAUCAUGCAGCUGAUCAAAUCUGGCGCGAUGCAAGUGGCCAGCGAGAGUACACAUGGCCACGAGAUGCCGUAUCACUCUUCAACGAAAAUGAAGCAUAUCAAGUCACUGUGAUACAAUGUCUUGGAACACACUGGGCAUUCUGGCUACCUGUCUACUGUUCGUUGCAGCUGUUUCUCAAUCAAGGUGAACUGGAAAUUGAACGGGAGAUGCUUCGGCUGCGUGUCGUGUAUGCUCUAGAAGUAGCGCCGCUACCCGUUGAAGCCGCUGUUGAAUAG